AAAUUAGAAAUCAAUACAACAAUAUGGUAUAAGCAAUUUAAUCAGUGGCUGCCAGGAAUCUUAUGACUCCUAGGCAAAGGUUAUGGUCUUGUUGUUGCAGAUGGAGAGAAAAUCUGGGUUCCCCUUCGCCAUGUCUGUUACCAAGAGGGACCCCAAGACUGGACUCCCUUGGGAAGUGAUGAAGUUGACACAAAGGGUCUCGUCAAUGACCCUGGAGGAAUCAAUGAGGAGAUGCCAUCGUUUGAAUCCUUACCCGACAUGGGCUCAAGUGAAAAACAUGACUCGUCAGGCUGAGCAGACACUGAAGAGUACUGAAACUCCUGUGACUCCAGAUAAGCUGUUUCUGGCAAUGUUAGCUGUUCUUUCCUGUUCCUCUGGGGUAAGUGCAAAAUAUGUUUAUUGGGCAUACAUACCCAACCCACCACUUCUCUCCAUAGUGGAUUGGGUAGAUAAAGCCCCUAUGAUCUUUACUAAUGAUAGCAUGCAUUUUCCAAGUCCCUGGUCCAUAAAGCUACCAAUUCAUGAAGAAGAUGAGGGAAAGCCAAUCAACAUUUCCGUGGGAUUCAAAACCUUGCCUAUCUGUUUCGGAUCUCAUCCCCUUUGCAUGACUAUCUUCCCACAGUGGUGGGCAUACUCUGCCAACAAUGGGACUGCUUUGCAUCUGGGAAUGUUCGCUAUGGCAUCUUUCUUACUUAAUGGCUUCGAGCGACAUUAUCCAGGCCAGAUAGCCAACUAUUCGAACUCACUUUUUCAACCAGAGGAACCUUCAUGUCAUACUGUAUCUUGGAGAAGAAAACAGGAGAUACAACCGUUACAUUGGUCUGACUGUUGAGGCCAAUUUGGGAAAGUUUCUAUAAUUCAGCAAAAUCAUACUAAUCAUACAUUUAAAUUUGUUGACUGGGGACCUCAUGGGCUGUUUGUAAACUGUUCUGAAGAGCAGGAGGAACAUCAUAACUGCUCCUGGUUUAAUAGAUCAAGCAUUGGAGGCUUUCAUAAAUCUAAGACAAGUUUCUGGACUGAUAAGGACAUAUUGCUGAAUUGGUAUAAUGGGGGCUUAUCACCCCCACACCCCAGGAUUAUCGUUCCCAUUGGGCCAGAGCAAUGGCACAUUUGGAAAAUUCCAGUAGCCUUAGAGUACUUCUCUAGUGUUUAUGGGACUAUGGGUAUGUUUCGUCCUUCUAAUUAUACCUUCCUAUACAAUAGUACUGGCUAUAUUCAAUCAUGUGUUCACCUUCCAUAUUUGUUUAUCGUAGGGCAUUUUGAUAUUGACUUAUCGACCAAGAUUGUCAAUUGUACUGCAUGUGCAUUGUAUACCUGCCUUAAUCACACCAUUUCAUAUCACAAUGCUAGCAUAGUGCUAGUUAAACAAAGAUCUGAGUUUUGGUUUUCCGUAAACUUAACUGAACCUUGGACUGAUUCUGUAUUUCUUUCUGUAUUAUUGAAAACUGGACUUAGGCGAUCUAAGUGCAUCAUUGAGUGGAUUAUUGCAGGCAUCUUAAGCCUUAUUUUUUUGUGACUGUAGGAAUUUUGUCUGGUUACAUAAUUCUAUACAAAAUCAUGAUUUUAUCACUGCUUGGCACAAAGACUCUCAUGAUCUUUGGACUCGACAAGCUCAAAUAGAUCAGCAAUUAAAAACACGAAUUAAUGAGUUACAAACUGUGGUUAUCCACUUAGGAGAUCAAGUGCAGCAACUGACUUUCCAAACACGUAUACGUUGUCACUGGAAUUUUACUUCUUUUUGUCUAACAUGCCCUAUAAUAGCACUUAAUAUCCUUGGGAUAAAGUUAAAGCGCAUUUGCAGGAUCUCACAGAUAAUUCAAGUUUAGACAUCAAUUUGUUGAAACAACAAGUUGCUAAUUUUCAAGUUAAGGUACUUAAGGAAUUGUACAGCACUCAAUUUUAUGAUACUUUAACCAAAACCCUAUCGUCUCUAGACCCUAGAACUUGGUUUUCAGGAAACAACAUUUUUAUAUAUGUAUUAAUCAUCUUGCUUUUUCUGUCAUUGCUUAUAGGAUAUAGAUGUCUCUACUCAAGACUCCAUGCCUCCCACAACGGAGUCUAACUAGCAGCUGCCAUGCUUAAAUUAAAAACAAAAGGAGGAUAUGUUGGGAAGCGCAGUACAAAAUAGCUGGUUGGAGGAAGUCCUUGGGAAAAUGGCGAAGGGCCAGAAGUACCCCGGCUUUGUGUGCUGUGGGCAGAAAAACAUCUCCUGCCUUUGGUUAUGCCCGGCGCCAAGAUUUAAUAAUAAAUAUUAAGGAUGUUGCUUGAGAAAACGGGUUAUGGGAUAAGCACAUGGGUCACUUAGAGCACGCUGUCCUUAAAAUAUUUUUACUGAUUAGGUGUUAACCACAUACGUG